ACAACACCUUCAGGAAAGAGAAACGGAGCCUUCUAUCAGCCUGGGCUGAUGAAUUUCUCUCGUUUCCAUCGCGAAACCACAUGAACAGCAGUGAAGAGUUGGGUUGAACUUUAAACCGAGCUUGUGUGCUGUGCAAACUCGUAUGUGGCUGCUGGUGUGAGAACACACACGAUGUCUGCCUCCGCGAUAUUUGUGUUGGAUCUGAAGGGGAAGGUGUUGAUUUGUCGAAAUUACAAAGGUGAUGUGGACAUGGCAGAGAUCGACCACUUCAUGCCUCUACUCAUGCAACAUGAAGAGGAAGGGCUUAUCUGUCCUGUAUUAUCACAUGGGAAUGUUCACUUCAUGUGGAUCAAACACAGCAACCUGUACCUGGUGGCCACCACAAACAAGAACUCCAACGCCUCCCUCGUGUACUCAUUUCUCUACAAAAUAGUCGAAGUGUUCACAGAAUACUUCAAAGAGCUGGAAGAGGAGAGUAUUCAGGAUAAUUUUGUGGUUGUCUAUGAGCUGCUGGAUGAGCUGAUGGACUUUGGAUUCCCCCAGACUACCGACAGCAAGAUCCUACAGGAAUACAUUACUCAGGAAGGUGCCAAGCUGGAGGUGGCAAAGAGCAAGGUGCCGACCACCGUCACUAACGCUGUCUCCUGGAGGUCAGAGGGUAUAAAAUACAAGAAGAACGAAGUCUUUAUUGAUGUCAUCGAGUCCAUCAACGUACUGGUGAAUGCCAAUGGCAGUGUGAUGAGCAGUGACAUUGUGGGCAGCAUCAAGCUGAAGACCAUGUUGUCUGGGAUGCCUGAACUGCGCCUGGGCCUCAAUGAUCGAGUGCUUUUUGCCCUCACAGGACGUGACAAAGGGAAGACAGUGGUGAUGGAGGAUGUGAAGUUCCACCAGUGUGUCCGUCUUUCGCGUUUUGACAGUGACCGAACAAUCUCAUUCAUCCCUCCGGACGGGGAUUCUGAGCUCAUGUCCUACCGCAUUAAUACUCAUGUUAAGCCUCUGAUAUGGAUCGAAUCAGUCAUAGAGAAAUUCUCCCACAGUCGAGUGGAAAUCAUGGUUAAGGCUAAAGGGCAAUUUAAAAAGCAGUCUGUGGCAAAUAAUGUGGAGGUGAGGGUCCCUGUCCCCAGUGAUGCUGACUCACCCAAAUUCAAAACCAGCACAGGCAAUGCCAAAUAUGUUCCUGAGAAGAACCUAGUGGUGUGGACCAUCAAGUCUUUCCCUGGAGGUAAAGAGUUUCUAAUGAGAGCUCAUUUCUGUCUGCCAAGUGUGGAAAAUGCUGAGGUUGAGGGCAAACCUCCCAUUACUGUCAAAUUUGAAAUCCCAUACUUCACAGUCUCAGGAAUACAGGUGCGAUAUAUGAAAAUCAUAGAAAAAAGUGGUUACCAAGCUUUACCCUGGGUCCGCUACAUUACACAGAGUGGAGAUUACCAGUUAAGGACCAAUGUGUAAAGCCUGGGGCUUACUGUGAAUUCCCCACUACCUGGCCUUCCAGGGGAGCAUCAAUGAUCACUUUUAAGUGGACUGAAAAAAAACGUCUUUUAACCCAUUCUAUGUAAUGUCAAUAAUUUUGUUUCAUGAAAUCAACAAGAAUCUGUGUUGUUUGAUUUUUAAUAUUUUUAUUGUGAGACUA